UAAUUAAAUUGAUGUCCUACGGUUUAGCCAGUUCACAGACUCCACGAAUAAUCUCCGAGUGACUGUAAGGCUAAGGCGUCAUUUCUUUCCGUUGUUGCUCGUACUUUUUACCAGGUAUCAGUAUGGCUGCAUCAGGGGCUGUAUCACGUGUGAGAAAUGUAAAAAUAUUGCAUGGUCUGGUAUCAAAGGGAUGUGACAAUUGAUACUUGCUCGACGGACGGCGAGAAUUGACAGAGGUGGUAGCACCUCAUCCUUCAAUCCACCAUCAGCUGCUAACAUCAUCUCAAUCUCGCCAGGCACACUCGCAUCCGUCAGAAUGCACCAUCAUACCCCACACAUUCCCGGGGGUAGUGCGGGGCCGGUACUGCGUCCCACCUCUAGGUCAGUGCCGCGGGCGAGGGCCAAGGGCCGGCCGACCGCAGGCGGGCAGCGGCGGCCGGCCGCGGCAGGCGUCUGCGGUGCGCGGCGGAGCUGUCGGGAGAGCGGAGCAGGCGCUUCUUACGGAGCUGGGGACAACUGAGCUGCAGGAUUGUAAACCAGGGCGCGGUGUGUGUCGGCACAUAAUCAGCGAACGGCCGGCCGGGACGGAGCGGCGCCCCGAUAGACAGCGGACAUGGCACCGGUCGGGGCGCGGUCCUGGAUGCUGCUGGCCGGACUGCUGGCAGCCGUGCUGCUGCUGGCCGGCGUCGGCCAGCUGGUCUGCGGCCUCUACCUGCUGCUGAAGGCGCCGCGGCCGGCGGUCAACGGAGCCACCAUCGCAGCGGGGCUCUGGGACGUGCUGGCCGGUCUGGUAUCGGUGAUGCUCUGUUUCUCGGGACCGCUGCACGCCUCGCGCCGCUCUCAGCUGCAGCUGGCCGCCUUCUGCUCGGCGCCAGUCGUCAACGCCGCCCUCGGGGUGCUCCUGGGCCUGGCACCGAGCCCCCAGCAGGCCACCGACGUCGCUCUAGUUUGUCUCAUCCUAGCGGUAUCGACGGCGGUGGCGGCGGCGGCCUCCUUCAUUGCCGGGAACGUGGUGUUCUGCAUGCAGCUGGCCUACGAGCAGUACCGACCCGGCACGCGCACCUGGCAGUCGCCCAAAUCGACCUCCUCCGGCACUUCGAGCUUCAUGUUUUCUCAGAGCCAGAUGACGCAGAAGCCGGGCGCGCCGGACCUGUGGCUGACCACCCCGGCCCCGCUGGCCUCCUGGGUGUACCGCACCCAGUCCAGUGUGGAGACAGCCCGCUGUGAGACCCCGCUGGACGCGCCGCCGCCUCCCCCUCCGCCGCCGCCGGCAGCGCCGCCCAGCCGCUCCAGCUGUGCCAGUCUGUCGGUGCGCACCGCUCAGCGCUCGGAGCCGGGCAGCGGGAGCUCGCAGCUGCCGCGCUGUCUCAGCCUGCUCAGUGCCAUCUACGGGCCGAGCCGCGGCGGCUGGCCGCCCACCGAGCCGCGUCCGGUGCGCUCCUGUAGUCUGCUCGAGGUGCGACCCUCCCCGGCGCCGACUCUGACCGAGUGCAGCUCUCCGGCCCGGCCGUUCCCGCCGGCCCCGGUACCGCUGUGUGCCAGCCCGCUGCCGACACCGGUCUCCGAGCGCCCGCCGCCGCAGACGCCCCUGGCCGGCACCAUCGGCCGGCUGACGAGCGCGCUGAGUAGACUGCACAGCGACCCCAACUACCGGGCCUCGCGCGAGCUGCAGGAGGCGCUCGAGGCGCUGGAGGCGCUCCAGGUGACGCCGGGCCCCGGGGACCGUCCGCAGCCGGCCGGCGCCGCCUCUCCGGCCGUCUCCUCCGGGUACGGCUCCCCGGAGGGCGCGCCGGAGCCGGAGCAGCCGGAGCGGCGCAGUGUGGUGCAGCUGGUCAGUCUGCUGGAGGCCGGCCCGGUGGGACGGAGGGCCGACACGCCGCUCAGGAGGCCGACAGUACCGCCCCCGCCCCCGCCGGGAGCCGGGGACCGGCCGGCAGAGCCAUCAGAGCAGCCGAGUCCCGCUUCUCCCAAGCCGGCUGCGGAAUCGGUGACCGGUAAGGCUCCGGGACCUCCCGUAGUGAUCGACUCUGACUGCUAAGUGUGCUGUAUUUUAUGUCUCAACAUGUUCAGUUAUCUCCCGUAAUUAUUUGUCCCACCGACUUAAUUGUAUACAUAAUACGUUCUUGCAUUUUGUUGAGGUAUCGUGCAUUGACAAGGGGCAUUGUUUUGUUAGGUUCCCAAAUAUAGCACGUGUUAUUUGAUGCACGUCGUGUAUCCUCGCGUGUCCGAUGCUGAAAGGUUACUGGCUUACUGCGCUUGGUAGUUGGUCCAUUUAUAUAUGACGUGUAUAAUUACUGCUGUGUACAGAGGCAUUGACAGCUGACCAAAUAUACGAACUUGCUAAC